AUGUGGCUUGAUGAUCCGGAGUGUAGGGGUAUUGUGGAGGCCUCUUGGACCGACAACUCUCCAACUAUUGGAGCUGCCCAAUGGGUCACAAGAAGUCAAAGAUGUGGUGUGGAGUUAUCCAAGUGGAGCAAGAAGAAGUUCUCUAACAAUCAUAUGGCUAUUAAUAGAAGAAUAGAGGAACUUCAAGUCAUACAGGAGUCUACAACAGUAGAAGCUCGUAACAUAGAGUCCCUUUUAAUUGGAGAAAUUGGUGCUUUUUGGAACAAGGAGGAGAAAUACUGGACACAACGUGCAAGAGUCAACUGGCUAAAAGCUGGGGACUCAAAUACAAAAUUUUUUCAUUUGACAACCAUCCAAAGAAGGCAACGGAACAAAAUCCUCAAGCUUAAAUCUACCAAUGAUGUAUGGCUGGAUCGGGAGGGUACUAUUCGAUCAGAAGUGGAGAAUUAUUUCAAGAAUAUUUUCAAGAGUUCUGGUGAGAGACUGGGAUGA